AUGCCUCUCCGGUCGCGCCUGCGUCGCGCCUUCACCCGCGGGUCCCACGAAGACCCACAACUUGUAAAGGGCAAGAAGUCGAAGAACUACGACCCCAAUGUCUACCAGCCCGGCGAGAAGAUGCCGCCGCUCAAGUACCGCCGGCCCGUCGCUCCAGAACACAAAGCACACCUCGAGUCGUUCGACUGGGGUAAGGCCUGGCGGAGAAAGAGCACUUCGAGCAUAUACUCGCCCAUGGGCUCCCGCAUGCCCUCCCGAAAGAGCAGCUUCCAGUCGUUCCGAACACGAAAAAGUGUACGCAGCGUACACGGAAGACGCAGUCAGAGUAAACCUCGCGGCGGUGACGACUACAGGGAAAAUGACAGCGGUAUCGGGGCUAGCUUGAGCGGCGACCACCAGUUGAUAGAGGACAGCGAUGACGAGGGCGACAUAACAAAUGUCGGCCUCUCAAGAAACCCCACCGAAGAUCCCAAGCGCCCCCGCAAAUCCUCCAGCAUUCACCGCCGCUCCAUGUCCAUCGCCUCCAACAGCGGCUCCCGCCCACCCACCGCCGACCGCGUCCGGCGCCCCAGCGUCAGCAGCCCCUCAGGCGAAACCCCUUUCGACCCAGAAGACCUCGAGGCCGCCCUCCAAAAAACAACCCUAGACACCACAAAAGAAGAGUCCGACCGCAGCGGUGAAAUCAGCCCGAACAACCCCGCAGACCCGCCGCAGAGUCCUACUCUACCUGAACCUGAACACGGCUCGGAGUUCUAUGACAGGCUGAGGCCGAGGGAAAGGAUGAUUGCUUUCGACGACGACCAUACCUUUGAAAGUAUUUCUGACCCGCCCCGGAGCGGCACGUACUGA